GAGGCCACCCGACUCUGAAGCAGUGAGCCUUUCCUCUUCUCACCCUCUGGCCCCUGGGUGAGGGUGGGAAGAGGGGCGUCUGCUUGGCUCCUAGUCCUGUCCAGAACCCGAGGAGGGGAGCUCAGCUUCCUUGGCCACCGCAGGUAGAAAUAAAAGACCACGCUGAGGACUUCCCAGAGGAGGCGGCGCGGCAAAAGGUCGGAAGUGCAGAGCAGGUGUGGGGAGAAAGUAACUAGUCGAAUGGGAGGGUCGGUGACGUGGGGAAGCCACGGUGGUUUCCGCAACGCUAGAAAUCGCCAAGCUUAAGGGGAAACUACAGGGCAUUUACGAAGGGUCUUCAUGGCCUGUGGCACGGUCUUUUUAAUAUUUUCGGCGGUGUCAGGUCUUCAGCAUGGAAGAGGAACAAAGUCCGAUGAAUAAAUGACUGGAGUUGCUGUCAUUUGAGGAUGUGGCUAUGUUCUUCACCAGAGAGGAGUGGGAAAACCUUGACUCGGCCCAAAAGUACCUCUACAGAGAUGUUAUGCUGGAGAAUUACAGAAACCUGAUCUUCUUGGGAUUUCAGUUCCCCAAACCUGAGGUGAUCUCUCAGCUGGAAGACUGGGAAGAGCCAUGGAUCCUGGAUCUACCAAGUGCUGGGAAUAGGAAAGCUUCCAGUAGUGCUUGCCCAGGUUCUGAAGCCAGAUACAAGAUGAAAAAGCUAACUUCAAUGCAGAAAAUUUCUGAAGAAUUAGUAUCAGAUAAGGUAUCAGUAGUACAGCAAGAGAAGGCCAAGAAAACCUCUAAAAAAUUAUAUAAAUGUAAUGAAUUUGUGGGCAAUUUCAGGCUUGCACUUCCUACUUGUGGUGAUGAAUGUAAGAAGGGCUUUCUUGAAAAUCUUAAUUUUACUGAAGAUCAGAAUUCUCAAACAAAUAAGCAAGGCAAAUAUGAUGACUAUGGGAAACCCUUCAAUCAGAGGUCAUUGCUUUUUAGGCAUAAUCAAAUUCUUACGAGACCAAAAUGUUACGAAUGCAGUGAAUGUGGAAUAGUCAUAAGACAUGAGACAGAUUUUGUUCGACAUCAAAGAAUUCACACUUCAGAGAAUCCUUUUGAGUGUAACAUUUGUGGACAAGCCUUCAAACAGAAGUCAUCUCUUAUUGUCCAUAAAUGUUGUCACCCACCAGAUAAACCAUAUAAAUGUCACGACUGUGGAAAGUUUUUCCGUCAGAUCUCAUAUCUUGUUGAACACAAGAGGAUUCAUACCAAAGAAAAACCCUAUAAAUGUAGUGAAUGUGAGAGAACAUUUAGUCAGAAUUCAACCCGUAUUAGACAUCAGUUAACCCAUAGCGGAGAAAAACCCCAUAAAUGCCUUGAAUGUGGAAAAGCCUUCAGUCGACACUCAACCCUUAUCAGCCAUCAACAAAUUCAUACUAGACAGAACACCCACGGAUGUAGUGAAUGUGGGCAGUCCUUUGGUCGGAACGUAGAUCUCAUUCAGCAUCAGAGAACCCAUACCAAGGAGGAAUUUUUUCAAUGUACGGAUUGUGGGAAAACGUUUAGUUUCAAAUCAAAUCUUUAUCGACAUAAGGUCAUUCAUACUGGAGAGAGACCCUAUAGAUGUGACAAAUGUGGAAAAUCUUUCAAUCGGCGUGCAAGCCUUGUUAAGCAUCAGGGUACUCACAGAGGACAGAUAUCUACAUGAUGUUAACUGGAAAAGCUACCAAUUAGAGAUUAGAACGUAAUCGCUACUGCAAGUAUAUAUAAUUAGAUCGUUUCCUGAAAUGUAAUAAAAAGGAACUGAAAUGAUGUUUCUGUGGGGACCCUCUUUUUGUGACUUACCUCCUGCUGUAGUCAAUUACUUUAUAGAAAAUGUAAUAAGCUGUUGUAUCCAGUCUCUCUUGAACUCCCUAUACCUUCAUUCCUUCCAGUCUAUUUAAGGCAGAAGGGAAUCAUAGGAGCUUUGUUCUGUGGUUCCCCAAGUUGGGGACUAUUUGAUGGAGUAUGAACAAUUUGAGUGUCUGUCUGUGGUUUAUAUAGAAAAAUAUUGCAUAGACUUUUCCAACAACAAACUAAGGACUACUCAUUAGUAAUUAGUGAGAUAUUAAGAAUUAUUAAAAUUUAUUCAUAAACUAAAAUUAGUAUGCUACUAGACCCUACUGAUAGGUCUAAGUCAGUAUUUGUAGCAGAUGCUAUUCAUGCCCUCCCUUACCCCUUCUGUGUGUGUCAUCUGACUUGCAGUAUCUGUAUCUUUACCUGCAAGCUUUUUCUAAAACCAUGAGAGGCCACUGCACCUGCAGGGUAAUAACAUACCCUGAGAGCAGCCCUCAACACAAUAAUGGCUGGGAAUUUGAGUUUAAAUACUGGAUCUCCCUCUCCCCUUGUGUUGAGGAUCUCUGAAGUGUAUGUUUUGUACUGUUUCCCCAUUUCCCUCAUGGGUUUACACACAUUCACCCACGAUUGAAGCUGCUUUAUUAGCUGUCUUCCUUUCUCUGUGUCUCUUCUCCACUUCCCUACCAGAGUUUCCUCAAGCCACCCACCCCCAAAUAAACUACUUGUAUUCAAGAGACGUCAACUGUAGUCCUUGAGGAACCAUAUCCCUUUUGUAUGCCAAGCACAUUCUUAUAUUCAGGUUAAAUAAACUGAUUGCAUUACUCUUCCUACAGUUCACCAAAACAAGAAAUCUAUUUGAAGUUAUUCGCAUGUCCUAACCUCAUCCCAGGUCUGCGUUUAUAAAUUGCUGCUAUUUGUUGUUGUUAGUUGCAGUCAAGUCAGUUCCAACUCAUGGCAACCUUAUGUAUAACAGAACGAAAUAUUGCCCAGUCCUGCAGCAUCUUCAGGAUCAUAGGUGUGUUUGAGUCCGUGUUGCAGCCAUUGUGUCAGUCCAUCUUAUGGAGAAUUUCCCUUGUUUUGAUUGGCCUUCAACCAAACAUGAUGUUUUUUUCUAGCAGUUGGACUUUCCUGAUGAUGUGUCCAAAGUGAGCGAGUUGAAGUCUCGCCAUCUUUGUGUCUAAGGAGCAUUCUAGUUAUGUUU